AUGUGGCGUGUCCAGCUGUUCCUUUUGCUUUCCACCUGCUUUCUCAUACCGCAUGAGGCAAAGCCGACGACAACGCGUAGCAGCAGCGUUGCAACAUCCACCCCUGCCGCGCUAUUGGGACGACGCAGCAACAAUAUUGGCAGUCUGGCGGCCAAGGAUUUGGCCGACUUACUGCUGGCCAGCAUGCAGGCGCGCAAUGUCAAACUGUCGGACGAGCAGCAGUCGGUGAUUAAGUCGCUGCGCGGCAUGGAACCGAUGAAAGGGGAACGCGACUCGGUGUUGCUGCAACUGGGCAUGGAUGUGAUUAUUGAUGGGCUCAUUGGUGGCAGCAGCGAGAGCAGCUGUGCGCGUGUAAUUAAGCACAUUGGCCAGUCGAAUGACAAGAAUAGUCUGACGCUCAGUCUGAAAUCCUUCCUCGCUCUCUGCCGCUUCAACAGCAUCGAAUGCUCGCAGCAACAGGUGGUGCAACUCAUCAAGAGCACCACAGCCCAUGCCCACAAUACGCCACCUGCAGUUGAAGGUAGUCGCAGCACUCGCACCGCUUUGGCUCAAUCAACCAGCAGCACUUUGACGAACAAAAGUGAUCGCCAGUCUAUUAUGAAUUUCCUGCAGGCGCGUCGAGUGAAGGAGCUGAGUGCCAUAUUGAAUGCUCUGCUGCAAGUGUGUGGCGCAUCCAGUGCGGAGGCAACGAGUAUUGUGCAGAAUCUAGUCGAAAUGGGCCCCAAGGACGAGCAAUCCACACUCAAGGUACUGCAGACCAAUGGCUUCAGCACAUUGAUCAUCUCGCUGAUGGAUAGCCUGACUUCCAUAGCUGAUGGCCAGAAGAGCGGCUUCUGUGCAGCCACCUCAGACAGUUGGAUUGUGCGUCUGCUCAACAUGGGCAUCGAUAAGGUCGUCAUAAUGGGACUGCUCACUGCACUGGAUCGCUCUAUGCCAGCAACAACUAAUGCGAUAAUGACUCAAGGAAAUGCUAUGGCUAAUCUGGUGGCCGCCGAUGUGCCACUCAGCAAGAAUGCGCCCAAUGCAAAGCGUCAGAUUGGCUCGCUGCCGCUUGCUGGCAAUUUGAUAGGCAACAGUUUGACAUCUGGACCUUCGGAUGUUAUUAUGGGCAAUCAGAAUCUAGUUGGCAAGGCUGUUGGCCUCACUGCACCAGUGUUGGCUAAUGUUAAUGCGCUAAACUCGAUUAGCAGCACUGCUACGGGUGCUGCUGGCGGCGGCGCUGCUGGCGCUAGCAAUCUCAUUGGCAAUACAGCUAACUUGGGUGCUCAAAAUAUUAUCAAAGGCAAUGGCAACACUGAUUUGAGCCUGCUGCAAGGUCAAGUGCCAGUUGCAGCGAAUCUGCUGGCUCUGAAUAGCAUAACAAGUAGCGGUCCGCUGGCUGCAGCCUCGGGCGUGCUCUCCAAGACGCCAGUGGGCGGCAAUGCCAUUGGCAAUAAUCUGAAUAUGGGACCACGCAACAUUAUCAAGGGCAAUGGCAAUACCAAAAUUACGGGCGUGGAUCUAUUGGCGCCUGUAAUGGCCAAUGCUAAUCUAUUGAAUUCGAUACAGAGUGUUGCAACAGGAGGCGCAGCGGCUGGUGGCGCUACAAAUGCUGCACGCAACGCUGCUGCUGGCAACGCUAUUGGCAACAGUUUGCAAACUGGUCCCAGAAACAUUAUCAAGGGCAAUGGCAACACCAAGUUGACAGGUGUAGAUCUAACUGCUCCUAUACUGGCGAAUGUGGGUCUGUUGAAUUCUAUAACUGGUGGCAGCUCCAGUCCACUGGGCGGUCUGCUGGGUGGUGGUGGCAACAACAUUGGCAAUGCAGCUAACUUGGGUGCUAAGGAUGUCAUUAUAGGCAACAACAAUAAGGACAUAAGCUUGGUCAAUGGCGAGAUUCCAGUGCUGGCCAAUGUAUUGGCUUUGAAUAGCAUAACAAGCGGUUUGGGCGGCGGCAGCGGCGGCGGCGGCGUUGGCGCCGGACUGCCCAUUGUGGGUGAUCUGCCAGUUGUGGGCGGUGUAGUGAACAAUGUGGUGGGCACUGUAGGCGCGGUGCCUGUUGUGGGCGGCGUAGUCGGCGGUGUAGUGAACACUGUGGGCGGCGUUGUUGGCAAUUUAGGCGGCACAGUGGGCGGCGUUGUGGGCACAGUGGGCGGCGUUGUCGGCGGCGUUGUUGGCGCACUUGGCGGCAUUCUAGGCACCUUGGGUGACGUGGCCAAUCCACUGCUGGGCAAUGUGUCCGGCGUUAGCGGCAAGGGAGUGCGUCCAGAGGAUACAGUGGCGGUCGUGAACGAAAAGGGCGAGACGCUGGUCAAGUUUGUGGACAAAUUGCCAGCGGGCAAUAAUAUUGGCAAUCAAAUUAAGCGCGGUCCCAGGCAAAUUGUGCGUGGUGACAACAACAAGAUCGUACGUCUGGUCAAUCUGGAUGUCACUGCGGCGCUCAAUGUGGUUGCUGCCAAUGCCAUUCGCGGCAGCGGCGACGCCUGCAUUGGCAACCAAGUCAGCACUGGACCCGAUACGAUUAUUGAGGGCAAUGAUAAUACGAUGAUUACCUUGGUGAAUGCCGAUAUUAUGGCCUUGAUCAAUGUUGUGGCGCUGAAUCAAAUCAUUGGCACGGUGGGCAACAAUUGUGAGACACCAGAGCCACCAACGCCAGAGCCUCCAACUCCAGAGCCACCAACGCCAGAGCCACCAACUCCAGAGCCUCCAACUCCAGAGCCUCCAACUCCAGAGCCACCAACUCCAGAGCCUCCUACUCCCUAUCCACCCACACCCAUGCCACCCACUCCCACACCACCUACUCCCUCUCCACCCACACCCAAUCCCAAUCUCUGCUAUCGUCGCUACUGUCGCAAGUGGCGCACUCGCCCCAGCUAUCUAUGCUACAAGAACUGUGGCGGCGACUAUGUCUACAAGCCCUAA